UUGAAAAUCGAAGCAGAAGACCAGGGAACACCGAAGCAUUCAAGCGAAACGUUUGUUGCGAUCAAUAUUGAACCGGAUGAAGCAGCCGUUCUGCCAGAAACCGAGCAGACGGCCUCCGUCCUGCCUGCCGUUGAUGAUUUGCAAUUCUCGCGAAGAAACUACUCAGCUUCGCUGUCGGAAUCAGUGCGUCCACCGCAUCUGCUACUCGUUCUGCCAGUGUUAAACAAGCCAAGCGACAAGCGCUUCAUAAUAUGUUCCAUUAUUUCGGGCAAUAAAGGCGGCGCCUUUAGUAUUUUGUCUGGGUCGGACGGUAACUGUGAACUUCGUACACAGAUGCAACUGGAUCGAGAAUCGACGGAGCAUUAUCACUUGAACGUAAGUGUGAAAAGUGAACAGGAGCUGCCGGAUUACGCCACUGUCGAAGUAACUGUACUGGAUGCCAAUGAUAAUGCUCCAAAAUUCAUCUACCCGAAUAACGGUCAACUCAGCAACGGAUAUUUCGCAGCUCUGGCCAUUGGCGCCCCUGCUCAUACCCAUCUCGUUACUGUAAAGGCAGAAGAUGCAGAUGCGGGAAACAGCAGUUCGGUCGUAUAUUCGUUAGAUCCAUUUUCUGUGGACUCAAAAUAUUUUGAGUGCGGCCAGUCCGGAGAAAUUUUCACCAAACUCAGUGUUGUACAAAUGAUCGAAAAGAGUCGAAAAGAUUCAUUUGAGUUUCGGGUGAGUUCCAGUGAAAAAAAACUAACAACGAUACUUCGAGAUGUCGGCCCACUGAGGUGUCGUAACAUCCAUCUUCGUAGUUACAAGUUCUAA